CAGUGAGCUUGAGACAUACAUGACAUACAUGGCGGAAUAUUUCUCGUAAUUCUUAAAGAUCAUCUAGCCAUGGCUGCAAAGGAGAUUUUCUCGAUGGUGCUUUGCCUUCUGUUGGGCACUGCAUUAGUUGCAAGCCAGACAAUACAGCUGAGGGCCACGCAUACGUGUAGCGAAGAACCCAACAACUUGCUCCGCAUGGAUUUGCGCGUGCGUGACGACAAUGGUGUGGCCGUACGUCUGUCCGCAGUUAACAGCAUCAACGAGACGCAAGUGUGCAGCGUAUCGGGUAGCGGAAGUGAAACUAGCCCGUUUGUUGUGUUGUCCAAGGUCAACAAACUAACGGAUUCGGCGGUACAGAAUCGAUGCGGCAUGACAGCGGGAUCGAGUGGUAUCUACACGUGGCUGUUCAAGGCGUUUACAUACAACGAGGGUCAAACCGGAGUCUUCCAGCACUCGUUCCUACUGCGAGUCGUCUGUGACUCCUCCCAACGGGACGGCAACAUCGAAACCAUCAUCAACUUCGACGUCCCGAACCUACGGGUGAACGCGCUCAACCCAUCCGAUGUCACAGGCGUUGAUGCUGUGGCAGUGAACUCUUUGAUACAGUAUGAGGCCAUACUCUACCCGGAGUCCACCGUUGUGCCCAUUCUGGAGAACGCAGAGGGAUUCUGGCUGUACAACUGUUACUCUUCCACCAACCCCGGCAGGACACAAAAUAGAGAAUUGUUCAUCAAUUCAAACGGGUGUAGGGAACCAAAUGCCGCCUACGCUCCGUCCACUAACCCCGUCGCUGUCGCAACUUCCGGUGAUGCCCUGAAGGUGGUCGGCAACUAUGCCACCGCAACUGUGGUGGACGGCAAGAAGGUCAUAUACAUUGAUUGUCUCGUCGGCAUCUGCCUCCUACCUGAUGACUCCAUGUGUGAUAAUAGAUGCUCAGCCUUCGGAAACGGGGAAACCUUAAACGGUAAUCGAAUUAACACUGGCUCUACGUUCUCAACAUUAUUCACAGUACAAAAUCUGCAAGCACAGCUUCUCGUUCCGCUGGCGGAAGACGGCGCCACCGUGGUUAAGAGUGCGGACGUGAAUGACUUCAUCUCCCUCAGGGCAUACAACGCCCCUAACGGAAUUGACGCACCUGCAGCAAUACAGAAUGCCAAGGGGUUUUAUGCGUACAACUGUAUUUAUGCCGAAAAUGCUGGAUUUAACAAUGCCGUGCAAUUCAUCGACAACUUUGGGUGCGUGGUUCCGAACACAAAGCUAUCGGCGCUGUCGGGCUUUGAGUAUAAUCCAGUCUUGUCCGUGCCCUCUAGUGACGUUUACGUUCUAGACUCGGGCCGCAUUCUAAUUUCGAACGUGGGAAAUCUCCGUCUGUGGGCAAAGUGUCGCACGGGAAUUUGUACUGCCGUUGGCCAUAACUACUGCACUGUCGGGCGUUGUGGAAGCUCCAACAACAUACCUGGAGGUGCCCAAGAUCUGGGUGACCAGGGAUUGGACUUUACCCUGUCCAUAUUAGAUAUAAUAACGUCACCGGCAAUCGACAUCAACAUUAACAACGACAACGGAAAUGAUGUUGGUAACAACGGGUUGGUGACAGUGGGAGAUCGACUGGCACUUCAGUUGGUGAUAACGCCAAGAGGUCAAGGUGUGGGCUCCGGUGCAUUCAAUGGCGCCAAGGCAGCCUUCUUGUAUGACUGUACUAUCAAGAUCAACGGUGGUCCAGCCCAACCGGUCCUGGACGGGAAUGGGUGCCGCGACCCUAACUCACCGAUCACACUUAGUGACACGUGCAGGGACGCAACCAUGGUUCCGGGCGUGGAACCUUUCACGGUACAGUGUGGCACGUACGCCGCGCCAGAAGGAGACUCGGUAACCGACUGUAGAGUUGGCUAUUGCGACACCGAAGACAAUCCGUUCUGCGUUAAUAGAUGUCAAGCGGGCGUCAUCACUCCGGAAUAUGCUGAUAGCAUAUACAUGCCGGACGGUUUGAGCGCCUCGGCCGCCUUUGUUGCGGCUCCACGAACAACCACCACCAUUACUCCCGUACCGACGCAAGGACCCCGUACCGCUGAAAAAUCAAAGGAACUGAACGACAUUAUCAUGGCAGUGAGCGUGGUUGCCGGCCUUCUGCUGCUACUCGGUGUUCUUUUUGGAACCUUGUUUAUUGUGCGGCAACAGCGGAACCGCGCAAAGCGUUUGGACGACAGGAGGGACUACGAUUAUAGAGACUGAUUCAGAGAUUGUAUUUGUGUAAUACUCGUGGCGAUUUUUCGAUCAUUACUGUUGUAAUUUGAUUCUGUUUUUGAAAACCAAAUGUUAUAUAAAAAAGCAAGCCUUUAUAUGUGUGUUUUAAUUUAUUAUAAAAAGUACAAAUAAUUCAUUUUUAGAAGAUAGUAAAUUUUCCAAGAAAAAACGUAAUUUUGAAAUAAUUUGUGCUCAUGUAUUUUACAUACCUAUAAGUUUUAAACAUAUAUACAUGUAUAACAGUAUAGUAAUAAAUGGAAUGUCAUUUUUUAUUUGCGUUUUUCUUUGUUUCUAUUGUUUUACUGUUUUCAUGUCAGCUCCAUAUAAAUAAGUUAAGUAUAAGUUAUACCUUAAAAGUCAGUACAAAUGAGAGCAUGACUAACAUUACGAGUGACUGCGAAACACCUCAUGGACUUGAAUGGGUGGUCACUCGUACGUGUACAAGCUAGGGGAGGGCCGUUUUCUAAUGUUGUAAAAACUUGCGGCCCAACCCUUUUGCUUUUGACAAAGUAAAAUAUGUCAUGCUUUUCAUGUUACUUAGAUUUAUUUUUUGUCUGUUUUCUUUUGCAUGCAUUGUCAAAAAGUGUACAAUUAUGAAGCAA